AUGGUUCCUAUCAGGGACUUGAUUAUCUCCUCAUAUCAAGAAAGCCGUCAACUUGUAGAUGAAGCCUCACUCCACUCUAGACAACGACGGAACGAGCCCUCGUCCUCCACUCAUAUGUUUACAUUCCAUCGGCAAACCGAUCCUGAGACUCUGGAGAUUUCCCGAGCGGCAGAGGUUUUUCAAACAACUCUGCAGGUCCUGAAGAACAAAGCACGACAGACAUAUAAAAGGGACGUCACGGCACCAGGGUUGUUGUCCUCGGAAGACAUUGCCCUGAUUGGAAAGCUGUCAAAGUGUCCUGCAACAUAUCUAACCGUCUGUCCUCACUUCUCAAAGUACCGCUCCAUAUCCGGCCUCUGCAACAACAGGCAAAAUCCUCUCUGGGGAGCAGCCAACACUCCCAUGGUCAGAUGGCUUCCAGCUGAAUACGAAGACGGAGAGAGACAACCCAAGGGUUGGAACCGAGGAUGGCUCCAUAAUGGAUUCCAACUUCCCCCGCCACGUGAAGUCAGCACGGAAAUAAUUAAGAGCUCUUUCAAAAGCAAAGAUGAGGCCUAUACUCUGAUGCUGGUGGAGUGGGGGCAGUACAUGGACCAUGACAUCUCCUUUACCCCUCAAAGCACUGGCCUUUCAAGGCCCACUGUGGACUGUCUGAGCACAUGUGAAAAUCUGCAUCCGUGCUUUCCCAUUGAGACAAAUGAUGGCUGCAUGCCAUUUCAUCGCUCCUUACCGGCCUGUUUUGUCAAUCCCGAGUUAGAUAUUGUACAAGCUCUGCAGCGACAACAGAUGAAUUCCAUCACAGCGUUCAUGGAUGCUUCGGGUGUGUAUGGCCACAGCCUGAAGAUGGAAAGCUUCCUCCGCGAUCUCUCUGGCCUCAAUGGGAAACUUGCCGUCAACGACCUAUUCACGGAUCCAAAAGGAAGACCCUACCUUCCUUUCGUGGCCACUUUGCCGUCAACAUGCCGUCAGAAUCAGGAGGGGCAGAGGGUGGAGUGUUUCAGUGCCGGAGACACCCGUGCCAACGAGGCUAUUCCCCUGACCACAUUGCAUACGUUGUGGCUCAGGGAACACAAUCGAAUUGCAGAGGCACUGAAAGGCAUCAAUCGUCAUUGGACCCCGGAGACCAUUUACCAAGAAACUCGCAAGAUCGUUGGAGCUCUGCACCAGGUCAUAAACAUUAGAGAUUAUGCUCCAAAAAUUAUUGGUUCAGCGUCUUUUGAACAUUACAUUGGACCUUAUGGCGGAUACGAUCCAACUACAGACCCCUCAAUCGCCAAUGUGUUUGCAACUGCUGCAUUCAGGUUCGGCCACGCUACCAUCUCUCCAAUCCUCAUGAGACUGAACGAGAGCUUCCAGGUACAUGAGGCCCUCCCACCCUUGAGACUACAUGACACAUUCUUCAGUCCAUGGAGAAUAGUCAAAGAAGGUGGAAUCGAACCAGUCCUGAGGGGUAUAAUUGGAACUGCAGCACCAGCCAUUAGCUCAAACAUGCUGCUUGCAGAGGAUGUUACGGAGAGGUUGGUCAUCUCUAAAAUACAUCGGCACAUGGACCUGGCUUCCCUGAACCUGCAGAGAGGAAGAGAUCACGGUCUCCCAGGAUACAAUGAUUGGAGAGUGUUCUGUGGACUGAAGUACAUUAAGACAUUGGAUGAUUUCAAAGAGGUUGUUGGAGACAACAAGGUUGCAGAGGAGAUACAGAAGAAAUACCAACAUCUUGACAACAUUGAUGUUUGGCUCGGAGGACUUGUUGAAAAGUUGUUGCCUGGCUCAAGAACUGGUCCCCUCUUCGCUUGUCUGAUUGGGAAGCAGAUGAGAGUGCUUCGUGAUGGUGAUAGGUUUUGGUGGGAAGCUGAGGGCAUGUUCACCCAGCAACAGAAGGCUGAGCUUGUCAAAGCUUCUCUGUCUCGGAUCAUCUGUGACAACUCUGACGUAUGGGAGGUCCCCUAUGAUCCUUUCAGAUUUGAGACAUACCCAUAUAACUACCUCCCUUGCAAUUAUUUACCAUCAAUAAAUCUGGAGGCUUGGAGAGAGGCGAGGGGCAGGGACCUGGAGCAGUGUGGCUCUCCAACAAAGAUAAAGAACGGGGAUUUCAUAUUGUCCUCUGCAUCUGGAAAACUGGUGGCUCUGUACUCCUGUAACCAUGGUUUCCAAUUAAAAGGUGCUGCUGCAUUAGUUUGUGAUGGGAAUCGAUGGAGUGAUCAGGCCCCACAAUGUAAAGUUAUCAAACCCAUCCGCAUUAAAAGUUAG